CUGACCAAUCACAGCUCUACGACCCCGCCGGCACAGGAUCAACCUUUUUCCCGCUCUGAUUUUUUCUACUAACCAACCCAACCCGGACGUGUCUCGAGGCAAACUCCAUCUUCUUUUCUUCCUCCUCUCUCUCCUCCUCUCCUCUCCUCCUCUCUCCUCUCUACCCGCCUCUCCCUUGUUCUGAUUCCUGUACGCGACUUUCGAAUUUCAGAAUAUACAGAGAGCACAAAGCACAAAAAAGGAUCGCGUUGCAGGCCCUCCACCGCGACAAGUCCGAAGUCCUCAAACUUUUACGCGACAUCCCGUAUCCCGUCACAAUGCCUGCACAAUUCCGCCCGGUGACGGCCCAGCUGGAUGGGGACAGCCUCAUGGCUCUGGAGCUCCAGGAUGGAUCCGUCUAUCAAGGUUACAGCUUCGGAGCAGAAGGCAAGAGCAUUGCUGGCGAAUUGGUCUUCCAGACCGGCAUGGUGGGCUACCCCGAGUCCAUCACAGACCCCUCCUACCGCGGCCAAAUACUGGUCAUUACCUUCCCUCUUGUCGGCAACUAUGGUGUUCCAUCAAGGGAAACCAUGGACGAACUUCUCAAGGAUCUGCCGGCGCAUUUCGAAGCCUCCCAAAUACACAUUGCUGGAAUGGUUGUUGCUUCGUACGCCGGAGAGGAUUACUCCCACUACCUCGCAACAUGUUCCUUGGGCACAUGGUUGAAAGAACAAGGAGUACCAGCGAUCUACGGUGUCGAUACUCGAGCAUUGACCAAGCGCAUCCGAGAGGAGGGAAGCAUGCUCGGUCGCCUUCUGGCAGAGAAGAAGGGUUCCUCCAACGGCCAGUCUAAUGGGUUGAUCAAUGGCACAUAUGCCGCCGAAAUUGGCGAGAACUGGAGGGCAUCAUUCGAGACAAUUGACUGGGUCAACCCAAAUGCCCAAAACUUGGUUGCGGAUGUUUCGAUCCGCGCACCAAAGCUAUAUACCCCCGCUCCAUCCACAGUAUUGAAGCACCCCUCCGGACGCCCUAUACGGAUAUUGUGUCUGGAUGUCGGUCUGAAAUACAAUCAGCUGAGAUGCCUACUCCGCAGAGGUGUGGAAGUCUUGGUCUGCCCGUGGGACUAUGACUUCCCAACUCUCGCAGGAAAGGAUUAUGAUGGUCUGUUUAUCUCUAACGGUCCCGGUGAUCCAGCCAUGAUGUCCAAGACGGUCAAGCACAUCUCCCAAGCAAUUACCGAGAACAGAACACCAAUCUUCGGUAUCUGCUUGGGGCAUCAACUGCUUGCAAGAGCUGCUGGUGCAAGUACACUCAAGAUGAAGUUUGGAAACCGUGGACACAAUAUCCCUUGUACCAACAUGGUGACUGGAAAAUGUCACAUUACAUCCCAGAAUCACGGUUUCGCUGUUGACGCAGACACUCUGCCAAAUGACUGGUCUGAGUUGUUUGUCAAUGCCAACGAUGGCAGCAAUGAGGGCAUUCGUCAUAUUAGCAGACCAUAUUUCAGUGUGCAAUUCCAUCCCGAAAGCACUCCUGGACCAUGCGACACGGAGUUUCUCUUCGAUGUCUUCAUCCAGACUGUGGUCAGCACGUUGAAAGACACGCAGCUACUCUUGAAGGCAGUUCACUUCCCAGGAGGAGACGCCGAGGAGAACGCUAGACUAAACCCCAAGGUUGACGUCAAGAAGGUCUUGGUUUUGGGAUCCGGUGGACUCAGUAUUGGGCAAGCAGGAGAGUUUGAUUACUCUGGAAGUCAAGCUAUCAAGGCUUUGAAGGAGGAAGGCAUCUACACUGUCUUGAUCAACCCCAAUAUCGCCACUAUUCAGACCUCGAAGGGAUUGGCGGACAAGGUGUACUUCUUACCUGUUACCGCCGAGUUUGUCCGCAAGGUCAUUGUUCACGAGAGACCAGACGCGAUUUACGUUACUUUUGGAGGUCAGACUGCUCUUCAAGUUGGUAUUCAACUUAGAGAUGAGUUCGAAGAACUGGGAGUCAAAGUCCUGGGAACCCCAAUUGAAACCAUCAUCACAACUGAGGAUCGAGAGCUGUUUGCACGGAGCAUGGAAUCCAUCGGCGAGAAGUGCGCCAAGUCCGCCUCGGCCAACACAACUGAAGAAGCCCUUCGUGUUGUUAAGGAUAUUGGAUUUCCAGUCAUCGUCAGAGCCGCAUAUGCCUUGGGAGGUCUCGGCAGUGGUUUCGCCGACAACGAGAAGGAACUAGUCGCUCUCUGCAACAAGGCUUUCGCUGCCAGUCCCCAGGUAUUAAUCGAGCGCAGUAUGAAGGGCUGGAAGGAGAUCGAAUACGAGGUUGUUCGUGAUUGCAGAGACAACUGUAUCACUGUCUGUAACAUGGAGAACUUCGAUCCUCUCGGAAUCCACACCGGAGACUCCAUCGUUGUCGCACCAUCUCAGACUCUGUCCGAUGAAGACUACAACAUGCUGCGAACUACAGCAGUCAAUGUCAUUCGCCAUCUCGGUGUUGUCGGAGAGUGCAACAUUCAGUAUGCUCUCAACCCAUUCUCCAAGGAGUACUGUAUCAUUGAGGUCAAUGCCCGUUUGUCUCGUUCAUCGGCACUCGCCUCCAAGGCUACUGGUUAUCCUUUGGCUUUCAUCGCCGCCAAGCUUGGUUUGGGUAUCCCACUCAACGAGAUCUCCAACUCGGUCACCAAAGUCACAUGCGCUUGUUUCGAGCCUUCUCUGGAUUACGUCGUUGUCAAGAUGCCCAGAUGGGAUCUGAAGAAGUUCACUCGUGUCUCCACGCAGCUCGGAUCUUCCAUGAAGAGUGUUGGUGAAGUCAUGAGUAUCGGUCGAACAUUCGAGGAAGCCAUCCAGAAGGCCAUCCGAGCCAUCGACUUCCACAACCUUGGAUUCAACGACACCAAGGCUCUCAUGUCUAUCGAUGACGAGCUCCAAACCCCAUCUGACCAGCGUCUGUUCGCCAUUGCAAAUGCCAUGCACUCUGGAUACACUGUGGACAAGAUCUGGGAGAUGACCAAGAUUGACAAGUGGUUCUUGAGCAGACUGAAGGGUCUGAACGACUUUGGUGCCAAGAUGAGAACCUUCAAUGCUAGCACUAUCACGCCCAAUUUGCUGCGUCAGGCUAAGCAGUUGGGUUUCUGUGAUCGUCAAUUGGCUAAGUUUUGGUCUUCCAACGAGCUGGCUGUGAGACGCUUGAGAAUUGAGGCUGGAAUCGUUCCAGUUGUCAAGCAGAUCGAUACUGUGGCUGCUGAGUUCCCCGCAUUCACGAAUUAUCUUUAUAUGACCUACAAUGGUUCAGAGAGUGAUAUCACCUUCAAUGACCACGGUGUUAUGGUUCUUGGAUCAGGUGUAUACAGAAUUGGUAGCAGUGUGGAGUUCGAUUGGUGUUCAGUCCGAGCAAUCCGCACUCUCCGCGAGUCUGGGUUCAAGACCGUCAUGGUCAACUACAACCCCGAGACCGUGAGUACCGAUUACGACGAGGCAGACCGUCUUUACUUCGAGAAUAUCAACCUCGAGACAAUCCUUGACAUCUACCAACUCGAGACCUCCAGCGGUGUCCUCAUCGCAAUGGGUGGCCAGACUCCAAACAACAUCGCUCUGCCUCUUCACCGCCUCAACGUCAAGGUUCUGGGUACCUCGCCAGAAAUGAUCGAUACCGCCGAGAACCGCUACAAGUUCUCUCGUAUGCUUGACAGAAUUGGUGUCGAUCAGCCUACCUGGAAGGAGUUGACCAGCUUCGAGGAAGCUAAGGAAUUCUGCACCAAGGUUUCGUACCCGGUUCUUGUUCGUCCGUCGUACGUUCUUUCUGGUGCAGCUAUGAACACUGUCUACUCUGAGGCAGAUUUGGAGGCGUAUCUUCAGCAGGCUGCUGAGGUUUCUCGAGAGCAUCCAGUUGUCAUCACCAAGUACAUUGAGAACGCAAAGGAGAUUGAAAUGGAUGCCGUCGCAAAGGAUGGAAAGAUGGUUGGCCACUUCAUCUCCGAGCACGUCGAAAAUGCCGGAGUUCACUCUGGUGACGCUACUCUCAUUCUGCCUCCUCAGGACUUGGAACUUACCACUAUUCGACGUAUCGAAGAAGCCACUCGCAAGAUUGGUGAUGCUCUGAAUGUCACUGGACCUUUCAACAUCCAAUUUAUCGCCAAGGACAACGACAUCAAGGUCAUCGAAUGUAACGUUCGAGCAUCCAGAUCUUUCCCAUUCGUUUCCAAGGUCAUGGGAGUCGACUUGAUCGAGAUGGCCACCAAAGCGAUUAUGGGAGUUCCAUUCCUCGAGUAUCCACCAACUCAGCUACCACCCAACUGCGUCGGUGUCAAGGUCCCACAGUUCAGUUUCUCUCGUCUGUCUGGCGCGGAUCCUGUUCUUGGUGUUGAGAUGGCAUCCACUGGUGAAGUUGCAUGUUUCGGUGUUGACAAGUAUGAAGCAUAUAUCAAGGCACUCAUCUCUACUGGAUUCAAGUUGCCAAACCGAAAUAUCCUCCUGUCUAUCGGUUCGUACAAGGACAAGAAGGAAAUGCUUCCAUCUGUAAUCAACUUGCAGAAGAUGGGCUACAAGCUUUUCGCAACUGCUGGUACGGCCGAUUUCUUGCAAGAGCAUGAUGUCCCAGUUCAAUAUCUUGAGAUUCUUGGAGAGGAUGAGGAUGACCAGAAGUCGGAAUACUCCUUGACACAGCAUCUUGCAAACAACAUGAUUGACUUGUACAUCAAUCUCCCUUCCAGCAAUCGCUACAGACGUCCUGCCAACUACAUGAGUAAGGGAUACCGAACAAGACGAAUGGCUGUUGAUUACCAGACUCCUCUGGUUACCAAUGUCAAGAAUGCCAAGAUCCUCAUCGAGGCCAUCGCUCGCCACUUUGACAUGGAUAUCAGCUCCAUUGAUGCCCAGACAAGUCACCGAACCAUCGUUCUUCCAGGUCUCAUCAACAUUGCUGCUUUUGUUCCUGGGAUUGCCACACGUGGUAGCCAUGACUUCCAAACUGUUACCCGGGCUUCCAUUGCAGCUGGUUUCACAAUGGUCCGCAUCAUGCCUCUUGGUCUUGAGGGAUCGGUCACCGACGCUCGUGCUUUGAAGACUGCUCAGCUGAACAGCAAGCGUGGAGCUAGUUGCGACUACAACUUCUCAGUGGCAGCAACAUCUUCCAAUGCCGAUCAGAUCAGCCAAGUCACUGGAGAGGUGGGAUCAUUGUUCAUCCCAUUCAAUCAUCUCUCGGACAAUAUUAGUAAGGUUGCAGCAAUGACUGCACAUUUCGAGGCAUGGCCAAGCUUCAAGCCAAUUAUCACUGAUGCGAAAAUGACUGAUUUGGCUUCGAUUCUUCUCCUUGCCAGUCUUCACAGCCGAAAGAUUCACGUCACCAGCGUCACAACCAAGGAUGAUAUCAAGCUUAUCGCAUUGUCAAAGGAGAAGGGUUUGAAGGUCACCUGUGAUGUGUCAGUCUACUCGCUGUUCUUCUCUCAAUCCGACUUCCCAGAAGCCAAGUUCCUCCCAACUGCCGUUGACCAAAAGGCCCUCUGGGAACAUAUCAGCAUCAUUGAUGUCUUCUCUAUUGGCAGUCUGCCAUACCAACUCGCCACUGCUGCUCAGCAACCAUCCAAUGCUGCUACUGGUAUUGCUGAUACUGUCCCACUUCUGUUCACAGCUGUGGCUGACGGCAGACUCACUGUGGAUGAUAUCAAGGCACGUCUUCAUGAUAACCCCAAGGAGAUUUUCGAGCUCCACGAGCAAAUCGGAGCUUCCGUCGAGAUCGAAAUUGAUCGUCCCUACACCGUCUCCGAGGGAUCUGUCUGGUCUCCAUUGGUUGGAAAGACUGUUCGCGGAUCCGUGCAAAGAGUCAUCUUCCAGGAAAAGACAGCUUGCUUAGAUGGCGAGCCAUGCUAUGAUGGUGCUGACGGCAAGGACAUGUCGUCGCAUUUGAUCGAUGCUCACCUGGCAGUUCCUGCAUCUCCACUGGUCAAAGCCGUUGGAUCUCCUUCGAUGGUGCCAAGACCCGACAGCGCUCAUGGAAGAAGACUUUCAAUGCUUGGUGCUCCUGCUAUGCGUGCAGCUAACAGAGCUCGGCUCCUUGAUGGGGCAUCUGCUCCUGCUCAAUCACCGAAGAAUACUUCGGCCAUUGCAGAGGACUUUGGACCACCACUCUACCCUCAACCUACGAUCUCGCCAUCUCUCCAGUCUCUGCUUGGUCAAUCGCCAUUCAAAAACCAACACGUCCUGUCCGUCAACCAGUUCACUCGUCAAGAUCUUCAUCUCCUCUUCACUGUAGCACAAGAGAUGCGUCUUGGUGUUCAGAGAGAGGGAGUCCUGUCCAUUCUCAAGGGUCGUGUUCUCAUGACCAUGUUCUACGAGCCAUCUACUCGCACAUCUGCUUCCUUUGAUGCUGCGAUGCAGAGACUUGGUGGACGAACUGUCGCAAUCACCACAUCGCACUCCAGCACCGUCAAGGGCGAGUCCCUCGCCGACUCCAUCCGCACUCUGGGAUGUUACGGCGAUGCCAUCGUUCUCCGCCACCCAGAAGAGAGCAGCGCCGCCACCGCAGCCAAGUUCUCCCCAGUGCCCAUCAUCAACGGAGGCAAUGGCGCCAAGGAACACCCCACCCAGGCAUUCCUCGACCUCUUCACCAUCCGCGAAGAACUCGGAACCGUCACCGGCCUCACAAUCACCUUCACCGGCGACCUCCGCUACGGCCGCACCGUCCACUCCCUCGUCAAGCUCCUCCAACACUACGACGUCAACAUCCAGCUCGUCUCCCCCAAGGCCCUCGCCAUCCCCGCCGAGAUCCGCGACCUCAUCAAAUCCAAGCCAGGCCAGCUCGUCGUCGAGAGCACGGAACUCACACCUGAGAUUGUCGCCCGCAGCGAUGUACUAUAUUGUACCCGCGUGCAGAAGGAGCGCUUCGAGGAUCUGGAGGAGUAUGAGAGGUUGAAGGAUAGCUUUAUUGUCGAUAAUAAGAUGCUGAGGAGUGCGAAGAGUACGAUGAUUGUUAUGCAUCCGUUGCCGAGGAAUAAGGAGAUUGGCGAGGAGGUUGAUUUCGAUCAGAGGGCGGCGUAUUUUAGACAGGUUUGUUCCCCUUCCACUACCAUGGUGUAGACGCGGUUUGACUAAUGAGAUGCAGAUGAGAUAUGGGCUGUACACUCGCAUGGCUUUGUUGGCUUUGGUUAUGGCGCCGUAGAGUAGAGAGCGAAUGGGAGAUGAGACUGGUGCUAGAGCUGGUGAGUAGAUAGGGAAGAGAAAGAGUUAGUGAAAGAGAAAGAAGUGUAUAGACUGCAUGCAUUGGGAUUCGGUAUCUCGGAUUGGCGUUUGUCGGGUUUUUCCUUCUGGGGGUGGAGGCAAAAGUUUACAGAAUUUGUUUAUGUUUACUUUAUUUUAUUAACAUGAGGUAUAAAUGAUAGUCGUUAUGAGUCAUCUCUUUCCGUG